GCAAGGCUGCUCCUGGGUCCCGCUCCGGGCAGCUUCACUGGCUUCUGAAUAAAAGUCUUUGGCUUCUCUGUCUCAUGGGUCAGCCUCUUCUGAAGCUCUUUGAAAAGUGCAACCAGGAAAACCUUUGGAGGAAGUUCUGCUUGCAGGAUCCCAUCUGGCUCAGUCACCGGGACCGGAAGUUUCGUCUUCUCAGCAUUUGGAUUCGUGCUGGAGCUCAUCCUCCUGCCCAUCUUCCAACCUUUUGGCCAAAGUUCUGCUUGUUACAGUUUCCUUGGAUUGAAAGCUGUGGACGUGAGCAGCCCCUGGAAACUAUGCAGAGGGAGGAACACUUUGGCCAGAGGUCCCUUCAGAGGAAUCUGGGGAGACUCUACAAAUGCUCCAAGUGCGGGAAAUCCUUUGGUCACCAGUCCCUCCUUUUGAUCCACCGGAAGCUGCAUACGGGGAAUGGAUCCCACCUGUGUUUUCAUUGUGGAAACUCCUUUCCUGGAAUGUGGAGCUUUGCCAAACAUCUCCGGAACCACCCUGGACUGAAGCCUUACAAAUGCGGAGAGUGCGGGGAGCGUUUUGCUAAAGGAUCGGACCUUGGAGCCCAUCAGGGAAUCCACCAGGGAAAGAGAUCUCAGGAAUCCUGGAAGCGCUGGGGAAGAUUUCCUGGGAGACGGCAUCUUUCUAGGCCUCAGAAGAGCCCGGCUGAAGAGAAGCCCUGCAAGUGUGUGCAAUGUGGGCUGUGCUUUUCUCAAAACUCACAGCUGCUUAAACAUCAACAAAUCCACGCCAGAGAGAAACCUUAUCAAUGUCUUGAGCGUGGGAAAUCUUUCCGUUAUAAACAAUUAUUUAGAAAACAUGAGAUUAUUCACACAGGGCAGAGUCCUUAUAAAUGCUUGAAGUGUGGAAAAUGUUUCACUCGGAGCUCAUCUCUUUGCCAACAUAAUAAAACACACACAAAGGAAAGCAAAACGUGCCUAGAAUGUGGGAAAUCUUUUUCUAACAAAUCAUGCCUGCUGAAUCAUCAGAGAACUCACACUGGAGAAAGACCCUAUGAAUGCCUAGAAUGUGGGAGAUGUUUUGGUCACAAGCCAACACUAAUGCGACAUCAAAGAAUUCACACUGUGGAAAGACCCUAUGAAUGCUCAGAAUGUGGGAGAUGUUUUCGUGACAAGUCUCACCUAAUUCGACAUCAAAGAAUUCACACUGGGGAAAGACCCUAUCAAUGCCCAGAAUGUGAGAAAAGAUUUGUGGCGUCUUCUACACUUCGGAGCCACCAAAGGACACACACGGGAGAAAAACUAUACAAAUGUAAUGAUUGUGAUAAAUGUUUUUCUCGGAAGAAAACUCUUUUUCAACAUCAGAGUAUCCAUACAGGGGUGAAGCCCUUUAUGUGCAUCGAGUGUGGAACAUUUUUCCGUACAAAACAAAGCCUCCGAAGUCAUGAGAAUGUUCACAGAGGGGAAAAAAAGUUCAAAUGUUUAGACUGUGGGAAAGCAUUUGCUCAUUCAUCAACCUUUAGAAUUCACUGCCAAAUCCAUACGGGUCAGAAACCCCACAAAUGCCCACUGUGUGAGAAAUCUUUUACCCGGAAAGAUGCACUUUUGAUACAUCAGAGUAAGCACAGUGGAGAGAAGCAAUAUAAAUGUCCGGAGUGUGAGAAAACUUUUCUUUGCAAGUAUUAUCUUAGAAGACAUGAGAGGAUUCACAAAGGAGAAAAUGAAAUGUGCCCAGAAUGUGGGAAAUGUUUUGGCACAAAGUCACACCUAAUUCGACAUCAGGUACUUCACACUGGAGAAAGACCCUAUCAAUGCCCAGAAUGUGGGAGAUGUUUUGGCAUAAAGUCGCACCUAAUUCGACAUCAGAGACUUCACACUGGAGAAAGACCUUAUCAAUGCCCAGAAUGUGAGAAAACAUUUAUGGAGUCUGGUGAACUUCGGAGACAUCAGAAGGGACACACAGGAGAGAGGCCCUGUAAAUGUGCGGAGUGUGGGAAAGGUUUUCCCACAGAAACACGACUACGGGCUCAUCAGAGAAUCCACACGGGGGAGAAGCCAUACCUGUGUGUGGAGUGUGGGAAAUGUUUUUCCCAAAAACAACACCUUGCAAGGCAUCAAAAGAUCCAUACGCGAGUGAAGCCAUAGAGAUGUAUAGAGUGUGGUAAUGUUUUGCUCAAAAGCGAGACAUCAGAAAAAUCAUAUGGAAAAAGCCCUUAUAGGCCCAGAUGGUAGAACAGUGUUUCAUAGUUGUUCAACCCUUAGAAGUCAUAUAAGAGUUCAUUAAGGGAGGGAGGGAAUUAGAAACUCUCAGAUCAUGGGAGCAUUUUCUUGUCAAUCGUCCCUUACAAAUCACACUCUAAUCCAUAUAGGAAAGAUGCACCUUAAAUGUUUGAAGUGUGAUGUAUGGUUUAGCUGGAAAAAUACUCUUUCGGCAUCAGUUAAUUCUUACUGGAAAGAACCUUUUUAUCGGGGCUUAGAAUGUGGUAAAGUUUUUUAUCUGCUCAUCAGAUCUUCAGAUGCACAUGAAAAACCCACACAGGAGGAAAACCUUACAGGUAUAUCACCUGAGAAUACUUUUCCUUGCCUCCUGGAGUUUGUCCGUUAAAAUUGCCUCCCUGGAAUUUUUCUUGCCAAGUUAAAAAAAAAAUUCAUAAUUAAAAAAAAAUAAGACUUGUAUGUAAGACUUUGUAAGACUUUGUAUGUAAGACUUUGUAAGACUUUGUAUGUAAAUAUGAAAAUCUGAUGUGAGUGUGAAAACCUAAUAUCUAAUGUGAAAUUGUCUGGAAUCGUAUAAGGACUCCUGCAUUGGGCAGGGAAGGUAGGACUAGAACAGGGAUCUCCAACCUUGGCAACUUUAAGCCUGGCGGACUUCAACUCCCAGAAUUCCCCAGCCAGCAAUGCUGCCUGGAGAAUUCUGGGAGUUGAAGUCCACCAGGCUUAAAGUUGCCAAGGUUGGAGACCUCUGGACUAGAAGACUACAGCUCUGUUAUUCUGUGGUAGGUCCCUUCUAGACAGAGGUGGUAUUCAACCGGUUCAGACAGGUUCAGGUGAACCCAUAGUGGAAAUUUUAACUGGUUCAAAGAACCAUCAAAUAUCACCUCUGGCUUCCCCGCCCCCGCUCACUCACCACUCGGCUGCCCGCUCGCCCCGCCCUAUAUAACUUGCCUUUGCCAUGCAGCCCAGCUAAUCUCUGUGCCUCGCCUCCACACCUCACCCAUCCUGCUUACCAAAGGUAAGCAUGCCAUCUGCUCGCACUUCGCCUCGGGCCUCGACCCAGGCAUGCGCCAUUCCCUGGCUCCGGCCUUUCCCUGGAGCCUGCACCCGCUGGCCGCUUGCCUCAGCCGGUUCGUGUAAUGUGCCAUUCCUCAGCUCCAGCCUUGCCCUGGAGGCUCUGCCUGUGCUUCACAACUGGGUCAUGGAAUUUGCCAUUCUCUGGCUCUGGCUUUGCCCCACAGCCUCCGCCAGCUCACCUAACCGUCCAAACAUUUUCAACCUGUUUAUUAAUGAACAUUAUUCGUGAACCUGUUUAUUCAUGAAACAAAUUCCAGAUUGGGCUAAAGUUCAUCUCUGGGGUUUUGUACGUUUUGUAUCACGAUACAAAAAAGAUGUUGAGCCCAAUAAAUGUGCAGGGAAGAGCAACAAAUACAAGCAGGGGACUGGAGGCUAUUACAUGAAAGGAAUGGUUGUAGGAACUGGUUAUGUCUGGUCAGAGUGAAGAAGAGUAAAGGGGAAGCUGAGAAAUCAACCGAUUGCAAAAGGAUCAACUGUUUCAUAGAGUUAAUUAAGAGAAACAUUUAGAGUAGGCAAAAUAAGAUUUGGAAUUGAACAAAUGCCUAAUUUAAAAUUGUAUUAUGAAGCAGCUGCUCUUUCUGUAAUUAGUGAUUGGUUUAAUUUGACGGAGGAAAGGAUUUUGAAUAUAGAAGGUUAUGAUUUAUUAUAUGGAUGGCAUGCAUAUUUAUUGUAUGAUAAGAAAGUAGAUAAAGCAUUUAAGAAUCAUGUGUUGAGAAUUUCUCUUCUGCGUGUCUGGAAAAAAUAUUAUUAUAAGUUAAAUUAUAAAAUUCCUAUAUGGGCAAGUCCUCAGCAUGCAGUAGAGAAUAUAAAUAUAGAACAGGAAGAAGAAAUGAUUACUUAUAAAGAUCAUUUAUAUAAUGAGAGGGGAAAUUUACAACUAAAAUCUUUGGAUACAUUAAAAGAAGAAGGGAGGAAUUAUACUUGGUUUCAAUAUGGACAGUUAAAGGCUAGAUGGAAAGAAGAUCAGAAAAUUGGUAUUAUUCAAAAUGAAGAAAAUUUGGUUAAACAAAUUAGAAAUCAAACCCAGGGGCAUAUAAAGAGAUUGUAUAAUGUGUUGAUAGAAAUAGAUUCUGAAAGAAAUUUAAUAAAGGAUUGUAUGAUAAAAUGGGCACAGAAUAUUCAGGAACCAAUAAUGCUGGAAACAUGGGAAAAAAUUUGGGUUAGAAAUAUUAAAUUUACGCAAGCGCAGAAUUUAAGGGAAAAUUUUUAUAAGAUGUUUUAUAGAUGGCAUUUAGAUCCUAAGAAAUUAUCAUGUAUGUAUCCAGAUAUGCAAGCGAAAUGUGGGAGAUGUAAUUCUGAUGAUGCUACAUAUUUUCAUGUAUGGUGGACUUGUAAGAAAAUUAAGUCUUUCUAGAUAGGAAUUUAGUGGAUUAUGCAGAAUGUUCUGAAGAAGAAGAUAAAGUUCCUACCGCAAUUUUUCCUUUUGGGAAUAACAACAGACUUUACAGUGAUUGAGACUAAAUUGAUUUUGAAUUUAAUAACAGCAGCAAGCAAUAUUGUUGAUUGGACAAUAUUGGAAGAAAAAAGAAUUACCCACAAUAGAAGAAUGGAUAUUGAAAGUUUCCAAUUUGGCUGAGAUGGCUAAAAUCUCAGCCUUCUUGAAAGACCAUACUCAAGAAAAAUAUCUAAACGAAUGGAAGAAUUGGUUUGAUUAUAUUCAAAAUAGAUAUCAGAUUAAGAAAUUUCAGAUUGCCUUUGAAUGAAGGAUGUUGUUUUUGAUUUUAAUGGAAGAAGUCAGGUUAUGUGAGAGAGAAGGAUUAUAAUUGUGUUAGAUUUUAAAAAUUUAAUGUAUGAUUGUUUGUUUAUUGAACUAUACCUUGUGUUUG